GCGUCAGCCACAGGGGCGGAUAGCAGCAAGGGCAGAGUAGCAGCAGCCGUCUCCGCGAUAAGGGCAGGAAAUGUGAUAGCCUGAUAAGAAGGCCGUAUCCAGGGCGGCGCGGCGGGAUCCCUCCUCCUCUGCCAGCCUCAUAACGAUCAGGAACUUUACAUAUGGUUAUCGUACUUUCCUCCCCUCGUAGCCAUGGUAACCAAGAGGAAAUUCGGUGUGAACUUGUGCUCUGGUCUCCCCUUGCCGGUCGUGGUGGCAGUGUGGGCGGCCAGUUUCGUGGGCGUGGCUUUGGGGAACGCCCGGAGCACCAGCAGCAAUGACGUGUACAACAGCACGUGCCUGGAGGGUUGCACGUGCGGGAAGCUCCGAUCGAAUCACCUGCACGAGGAACUUGAUACGUUCGACUGCUCCUUCAACAACAUGUAUGCCUUCCCGGAGAACUUGCCUCAGGAUCUCCAGGUCCUCAGCCUGCGCGGGAACUCCAUCUUCAGCGUCCUCGACAACAUCUGCAAGCUGACAGAUCUUCGGGAGCUGGACUUGUCGGGCAACAGGAUAAAAUCCAUCGGGCGGGGGCGCAUGUUCCAGAACAUGACGCGGCUGGAAUACCUGAGCGUGGGCAAGAAUUCAAUAUCGACGAUAUUCCACGACAACUUGAUGGGCCUCAAAUCACUCGUGCACCUGAUUCUCUCUAACAACAAAAUUAACUAUAUCGAGGACAAGGCCUUCAUUGAACUAAGCCACUUGCUGACCCUUGACCUCGAGCAGAAUCUCUUGGGGUCACUGUACGCCGAGUGGUUCCAGGGGCUGGGAGGCUUGGUCGCCCUCAAUCUGGCCCACAACAGAAUCCACAAGAUCCCUGCGUCCUUGUUCCGCGACCUUGUGUCCUUGGAGCGCCUGUACCUGGCAGGAAACCGCAUCUCCGCCGUCGACCCGAGAGCCUUCUCCGGCCUCAUGAACCUGCAGCACCUGACCAUGGAGAACAACCUUCUGUCCAGGAUACCCACGGCAGCUUACCAGAGCCUGCCGUCGCUCCUGACGCUGAGCCUCGACCAGAAUCCCCUCGUCAAGAUCAAGCCGCUGGACUUCUCCCACCUCAGCGUCACGAAGAUCAGUCUCUGCCAAAUGCCUGAGCUGGAAAUCAUCGACUCCAAGGGCUUCUAUAAUCUCGCUAACAUAAGCACAAUAGAGAUCACCGAUAACGCCAAACUAGCGUAUGUGGAUCCCCUCGCCUUCAUGAAUGUGGACACGUUGAGGGACCUCCAUCUUCACAAUAAUAAUUUGAGAGGAUUACAGAAGGAGAUGGCAGCCUAUCUACCAGAGGGAGUUCAAGUGUCCCUUUAUGAAAACCCUUUGCACUGCGACUGUAACAUGCGGUGGAUACAGAAGCUGAUAAGGAAGGGUGAAAACGCCAGUAUAGUUAUCAUGGAACCCGAGCACCUAGUAUGCCACAGCCCAACUUCUCUUGCCCAUAAACUUCUCAUGAAUCUAGUGCCAACAAAGCUUCCAAAAGAAUGUCUACCAAUGGUGCUUAACUUAACACAGUCACAAACUGUAGUUGGAAAAGUCGGGGAACGACAAGUUCUGGAAUGUCGUGCACUGGGUUCCCCAAGACCCCAGCUGCGGUGGAUUUUGCCGGACGGUUCGCUGGUGAACUCCACCCUGAACGAGGUUCGGCGGCGGUUCUUCCCUCCCGGAACCCUCGUGUACUACCACCUGAAGCCACGGGACGGCGGCACGUACACCUGCGUGGCCGAGAACUCCGUCGGCGAGACCAGGAGUUCUCUCACCCUCAACGUCACGGGCAUCGACAUCCACCUGUUCCCCAUCCGCAUGUCGUCGACGCUGGUGACGCUCGUCUGGAACGGCACGGAGCGUCGGGCGUUCCCCUCGUACAAGAUUGUCUUCAGCCAAAUCGACGCCAACGGGACGGACGUCGGGGAGAAGAGGUCCAGCACCGCGAGUCCCACCAGGAAGACCUUCACCAUCACGGGGCUUCACCCGGCCUCCACCUACCGCUUCUGCAUCGGCUACGAAGACGCCAGCGGCUACUGGCUGCAGAUCUCGUGCUGCGUCGCCAACACCCGCGGCGUGGAGUUCAUGAUGCAGGGGUUUUCGCGAAUCUCCAACGUGGCCGUGGCUGCGGUGGUGGUCAUAGUGCUGUCCAUGACCGUGGUGGUGUGCCUGGUGUCGGUCGUGUCCAGAAAGUACCGCCACAGGAUGUACGAGACGCCGGACAAGGUGGGCGAGGACUCGAACUCCGUUCCCCUGGACAACCUCUACCGCCCCCUCCUCAUGGGGUCCUGACGGUUAAGGGGCGGGGCUGAUAUCCACGCAUCCCUGAUGUUGCGUCGACCACCCUGCUGCGCCACCGCCCCUUCGUCCCCCGGCCCCCUCACGCCCCCAUUAGGCCGCUCGGCACAUGGCGGGGCAGCACACAACAGCCCCCGGGUGACGCCCGUUUCGUCAAGGAGACCUAACUUACUGGAG